UCCUAUUAUACAUUCAACUUCUAUCAUGCCUAAUUUUUUUUGCAGUUGGAUCAUUAAGCUGUGCCAAGGAAGACCGUUCCAUUCUGAAGAAAGCUUUUCUGCUCUGUGUUUACAGGGAUGGAUAAAUGCAAGAUAAACACAGUUGCCAACAUUUCUGGAUGCGACACCGGUGCAGUGCCCAUGGAAUGCUACAUGGUUUUGAACGGUUCUGCUCAGAUUGUCAUUACUGUGCUGUGUUGUGCCUUCGGGGGCCUUUGCAUCUUGGAGAACGCCUUGGUGCUGUACCUCAUAUUUUCUUCCCCAAAGAUCCGGAAGAAGCCUUCCUACCUCUUUAUAAGCAGUCUAGCCUUGGCGGAUAUCCUAGCCAGUGUAAUAUUUGCCUGCAGCUUUGUUCAAUUCCAUGUUUUCAAGGUGAUCGAUUCCUCGAAGGAAGUUUUCUUGCUGAAGCUCGGAGGUGUCAAUUUAUCUUUCACGGCUUCUCUCAGCAGCCUGUUGCUGAUGGCCGUUGACCGGCACAUCUGUAUCCUCAAGCCGUCCAGGUACAAGAGCUUGGUAACGAGCCAAAGGGCCCUGGUGGCUAUGGCGGUUCUGUGGGUCACCAUCACGUUCCUUGCCUUCCUGCCCCUUCUGGGAUGGAACUGCUGCAGGCCCCGCUCCGUCUGCUCUGAGCUCUUUCCGUUUGUUGACAAUGCCUACCUCUCGAGCUGGAUUGUCCUGGUGGUGCUCCUUCUGGCACUGAUAGUGUAUGCUUACAUGCACAUCCUUUGGAAAGCCCGCAAGCACACCCUGUACAUGGAAAAGUACCACAUGCAAACCAGCCAGCAGAAGAUGAAGGUGCGAAUCGACAUCAUGCUGGCCAAGACCUUAGUGAUCAUCCUGGCGCUGCUGGUGAUGUGCUGGUCACCGGCACUGGGCCUCAUGGCCUAUAGCCUCUUUGUGAAACUGGACGACUACACGAGGAAGGUGUUUGCCUUCUGCAGUACCCUGUGUCUGCUGAACUCUAUGGUCAAUCCAGUGAUCUACGCUCUGCGGAGCAGAGAGUUGUACUCCUCUUUGAGGAGGGUCUGCCCCUGCCUCAGGCGGAUCCCAGGAAUGUCGGAGAGCAUCUCAGAAGCAGAAAGUACCCAAAGGUCCUACCCAGUUGAAACCAUUUGCGACAAAUCAGUCAAGCACUCAGAGGCCCUUGUUGACUAAAAGUAUGCAUAGAAGUUUUCUCUUUGGAAAGACUCUAAGGCAAAAGGUGUACAAGAUCCAGGGCUUUGGGGGUCACGCUGGGUCUGCUGGAAUCAAGUGUGUGGCACAGUCUUCUCUCACUGCCAGACGUGACUGCCAUGCCCAGAUGCCCAGGAGUUCUGCUGGAAACACUAGUGUGUCCUUCCCAAACUCUGUUCUAUACUGCCUGUAGCCGAAGCUCUCUGGGCAGUUCACAUGUAAG